UGCUCCAAACGCAGUCAGUCAGUCUGUGUGUGUGUGUGUGUGUGUGUGUGAACGACUCUCUGCGAAACUAGCGCCUUUUCUCCGCACUUUAAGCGCAACUUGAUUGGAGUUUGCGCUGCGCGUAAAAGCCAUGUCGCUGCUGCGGCAGUUACGCGAUGAAAGCGACUUUGAUCAGCUUCCCAAUGACAUCCCCAUCAGUGCCACCAUCGCUGACGUCGAGGAGAAGAGGGGCUUCAUCGACUACUUUAAAUUCGCAAUUGAGGUGAAGACUCGAGGAGGCAGCAAGUACCUGAUCUACAGGAGGUACCGGGAGUUUCUGAGCCUCCACCAGAUCCUCGACUCCAAAUACACACCUGAGGAUCCAGAGAAACAUGGUCCUAACACCUGCAUCCUGCCUUCUCUCCCAGGAAAAGUCUUCAUUGGAAACAAGAAGGAAAUUGCAGAGAGCAGAAUCCCUGAACUCAACGUGUACAUGAAGAGGUUGCUCAGUCUGCCGACAUGGUUCCUGCUCGAUGAGGAUCUCAGGAUUUUCUUCUACCAGACGGAUCAGGACAGCCAGCACCAACCACAGGCCCUCAGGCGUCUACGGCCCCAAACGCGCAAAGUGAAGACGGUCAAACCUAAGAUGGACCUCUUCUCCUCCCCAAGGGCAGAGGCGAUGUUUGACUUUCGUGGCAAUGGCAAGGCAGAGUUGAACCUGAAGAGGGGAGAGGUGAUCUUUCUGCUGCGACGAGUCAACACUGACUGGCUGGAGGGCACAGCGAACAACCAGACGGGUAUUUUCCCACAGUCCUUUGUGAAGAUCAUAAAGCCCCUCCCAGAGAGUGAUUCAGAGGGUGAAGGUGGAGCUCUCACUUACAGCUGCUUGCGCUGCCUCUUGCUCACUCCCUCUGGAGUCGACACCAGAGAUGUGUGCGUACAAGAGGACAUCACCAUCCAGCCGACAUACAACGACCUACUGUGUCAUAUGAGACAGGUUUUCCAGGAGGACGACAUUGCUCUGAACUACCGCGACCCCGAGGGCGACCUGAUCCGCAUCCUCGAUGACGAGGACGUCCAGCUGAUGGUCAACGAGAGCCGACGUCGCAACGGCAGAGUCAAGAGACCCGUCAAUCAAUUUCCAUGGGAAGUGCACGUGACCAGGGCGUCCGAUCUCUCUGUUUACAACACCGAGGGCUGAGAAACACGCGCAGUUUAAUGUCAUGGAAGAAGUAUUUAGUUUUCCUUUAUAUGGAGAUAUUGCACUGUUGGAGUUAAUGGUUGCCACAUUUCAGAUUUUACCACAACUACAUUUGGUCUGUUUUUCUUUUUUACCUCUUUAUGUGCUUUUGGAAGCUGUACAGAUAAUGGUAACUUUUUAAAUAGUCAAUGAAGAGGUGUGCUGACUCCUGAAGUUACGACUACACUUACACUAUUCUCGGUACAUAAGUAUGAAAACAAUGUCAACUUCUCAAAGCUCAUCACUAUAUUUCUCCUUUAUCCGAGUUCCUUCAAUGUUAAGUAUUUCAGUGUGGUCGUAUUUUGCACUGUAACACAUGUUAUCACUGCAUUGCCCUUUGCCACACAAGUACACACAAAAGCCUUAUUUUAAGGCUACAAAAACCAUGGGUUAUACACUCAUGCAAACAUACUUAUAUGUUUCAAUUUUUACCAAUACACCCGCCUAAAUGUUACACAGAGGAUUUAUAACAUUAAUGUAUGUUUGUUCCAGUCCUUUAAAUGUGAGGAUUAAUUAAAGGAGAGUAACACAAAAUACAAAAA